AUGGCCAAGUUGGCGAGAGGGGUGGCGGCUCUCUCCCCCUUUUUCCCGUUAUCAUGGUGUAUUGGACGUGGGCGCACCAACCAGAACUGUAUUCAGACGAAGACGGGAUACACGGUAAUACAGGAACUGAACUUGUUACAUCUACGGAGCAGUCAAUCCCGUCUCAUGCAUCAGCAAUUCCCCAAGAACUGGGCGCAUCCAGAGGCAGCUGGAAGCAACGGCCGAAGUCCCCAGCCGCGGUCCCCACAAGUGCCGCACACAGCCUCUUUCUGGAGCAUCAGCCCGGCGACCGAGUUGCCGAGACUUUUGAAGAGGAAAAUCAUGACCGCAUCGCACAGCAUUAGACACGAGUCGGGGGGACUGGGCAUCAGCAGACUGGACAAGUUGGGGUAG